GCUGGAUUAUUGGAGCCCUCAGAGAACAGCUCUCGUUCGAAACAAUCGCUGGAUAUCAUCAGGACCCUGGCAGGGGCUUGAGCCCCACUGCCAUUUUCAUCUUUUUCCCCCUUCGUUUUUUCUUUUUUGAGAGAGUGGGGAAGUCGUUUUUUAUCUGCUUACUCCCCCUUGCAGUUCCAUUCUUCUCUUCUCCCUGCCUUACUCCCGCUCUUUCCCUUUCUGUCCUUUUUUGAAAAAGAGAGCCUUUGUGUCACUCCAUUUUUAGCUCCCCUUUGCUAUGCUGUGCACAUUGUCACCCAGUGGAAAGCCGAGUGGUGGCAGUGGGUUUGUUCCUCAGGAAGCAUUUCAGUCCCGUUGCAUGCAGAGCUCCGAGGGAGGGUCAGACACCACGGCCAGCGUGGCAGCGCUGCGGACGUCAUCAUCAGCUCAGGCCCCUGUGGUACAGCCUGUUCCAGCCUCCCAGCAGAGGGUGCUGGUUCAAGCCACAGGCUCAGCUCAGAAGGGAGGACAAGUACAGCAGCUUUCAGUACCCAGGGUUCAACAGGUCCCUCAGCAGGUGCAGCCGGUGCAACAUGUCUACCCAUCCCAGGUCCAAUAUGUAGGAGAAAGUGGAGAGACUGUUUACACCAAUGGAACUAUCCGAGCAGCCUACUCCUACAACCCAGAGGCUCAGUUGUAUGGGCAGAGCAGUGGGGGAACCUACUUUGACUCGCAGGCCGGUGGAGCUCAUGUCACCACGGUGGUCUCCUCUGCCAGUGGCGGGGUGCCCCCUCAUGGCAUGGUAGGCAUCGCUAUGGACGUGGGCAGCAGCCACAUCAUCUCCAGCGGAAGCACCUACUUGAUCCAUGGAGGAAGUAUGGAGGGAAGCCGCAACCACAUAUCACACUCAUCACGCUCCUCCUCAGCUAUGCUUGAAAUGGCGAUUGAAAACCUCCAAAAGUCUGAAGGAAUUGCAAGUCACAAAAGCAGCCUGCUCAACAGCCAUCUGCAGUGGCUGCUGGACAACUAUGAGACAGCGGAGGGAGUGAGCCUGCCCCGGUGCUCCCUGUAUAACCAUUACUUGCGGCACUGUCAGGAACAGAAACUGGAUCCGGUCAAUGCAGCCUCCUUCGGCAAGCUUAUCCGCUCUGUCUUCAUGGGCCUGAGGACCCGCCGCCUCGGCACCAGAGGCAACUCUAAGUAUCAUUACUAUGGCAUCCGGGUGAAGCCAGACUCACCGCUCAACCGGCUGCAGGAAGACACCCAGUACAUGGCCAUGAGGCAGCAGCCUGUCCACCAGAAACAGAGGUUCAAACCUCUACAGAAGGUGGACGGUAUGUCUGACAGCCUGUGUGGGAGCUCUCAGCACUGUAACAGCACUCCAGAGCAGUCCGUGGCUGCUCAGAGCCAACACCACCAGCAGUACAUAGAUACGUCCCACACCUUGCCUCCAUUUCCCUCUCCUGACUUGGGCACCCAGCCUCUGCCUGAGCGCAUCAACAUGAAUGAUAUCAAGAAGCUGCAGACACUCUACAGAGACCACUGCGAGGCUACUUUGGACGUGGUGAUGAACCUCCAGUUCCACUACAUUGAGAAACUCUGGCAGACCUUUUGGUAUUCAACAUCGCCAUCUAGUGACGGAAGUACCACCAUCCCCAGCAGUGAUGAUGACCUGGAAGGUGUGAUCCCCACAGAGAAGCUGGUGGCUCUGUGUAAAUAUGAACCAAUCAGACUAUGGAUGAGGAGCUGUGAUCACAUUCUCUACCAGGCUCUGGUAGAAAUCCUCAUCCCUGAUGUGCUGCGUCCUGUUCCCAGCACUCUCACUCAGGCCAUUCGUAACUUUGCCAAGAGUCUGGAGGGCUGGCUGACUAACGCCAUGACCAACUUCCCUCAAGAGAUUGUCCGCACCAAGGUGGCGGUGGUCAGUGCAUUUGCCCAAACACUGAGACGUUACACCAGUCUGAACCACCUGGCCCAGGCAGCCCGCGCCGUCCUCCAGAACACCUCCCAGAUCAACCAGAUGCUCUCUGACCUCAACCGGGUGGACUUUGCUAACGUCCAGGAGCAGGCGUCAUGGGUGUGUCAGUGUGACGAGAGCGUGGUUCAGCGUCUGGAGCAGGACUUUAAGGUCACCCUGCAACAGCAGAGCUCUCUGGACCAGUGGGCCACCUGGCUCGACAACGUGGUCUCUCAGGUCCUGAAGCCUCACCAGGGCAGCCCCAGCUUCCCCAAAGCUGCACGCCAGUUCCUGCUCAAAUGGUCCUUCUACAGCUCCAUGGUGAUCAGAGACCUGACCCUGCGUAGUGCAGCCAGUUUUGGCUCUUUCCACCUGAUUCGCCUACUGUACGAUGAGUACAUGUUUUACCUGGUGGAACACCGUGUGGCUCAGGCCACCGGAGAAACUCCCAUUGCUGUCAUGGGAGAGUUCAGUGACCUGAGCUCUAUGAUGCCGUCACUCAUGGAAAAAGAUGCAUCCUUCUCUGAUGAGAUGAGUGACCUGGGCAGUGAUGCUGAUGCGUCCAGAGGACCUACUGAACCAGCUGUAAAGAGAGAGAGGAUUGAAAUGAGCCACCCUCUGCAGGAGAUGUGAGUCGAGUCCGAACGGGGCCGGACUGAAAGCCACAAGGACCAGCAUCUCUCCCUAAAAAGGUGACCCUAAAGUGGCUUUUGGGGCCCUUUGGGAUGCAGCGGCUUUUGGGCCGAGCACACUGCGUCCUUCUGCAGUCGGUGUGUGCAAUGUACAUAGAGAAGAAAGUAGCAGUGUCAGUCCUCCCCUCACUAGCGUUCAAUGGAAAGUGAUCUUUCUCCCAGGAAGCCCACGUCUGUUUUUUACUCACAGGGGUGUAACACAGGUCUGAUUUUCUUUCUGUUUUUGUUGCAACUGUGAAUGACUUUGUGCAGUAUCUUUUUAUUGGAUGUGUAACUUUGAGCGGUGGUGUGUGGUGUUUGUGAUUCUUCUUCUCUUAUUUUAACUAGCUGUGCCAGUGUCAUUUGAGUGCCUUAGAUCGCUAACUUUGAAACCACCACUACAGAUGUCUAUCUGUCCCUCAGCUGUGCCUCUACCGCAGUAUGAAUGUAUCGUCUCCAAACCUCAGACAUUCAAAGCACCUUUAACAUUGAUUAGGUGUAGGUGUGUACACUCCUUGUUGCCUCUGCUGCAGCUCGCAGCAAACACACACAAAAAAAGACAACAAGAAACAUGCAACCUACUGACCCAAAGGACCUUUCCCUCAGUCGUUCCCACCAGCUUAGCCAUAGUCGUGGUUCUGUAGGGCCUCGUAGUCUCGCAGUAGUCAGUAAGGCAGGGACCUCAGUAUGUUACCUGUGUAAAAUGUUGGUUUGUUUACCUCAAUAGAUUUCUAUGCUGUGCUCCGUUUGGCUCAGAUGACAUGAGGCAAGUAUUAAAAAUAAAAAUGUAGCCACUGUUGCGGUUUGUGUGUCCCACUCCGUUUCCUUUCAUGUAAAUAGUUCUCCACAAAUGGUUUCAAAUCCUGCGUUGGCUCCUCCGUGUGCUGUAAGGAUGCAUUCGGUAAGUCCUCGUUCAGUGACUCGUAUGUGCAAACCUGUGGUAGUCUACUCUGCUGCCACAGAGCUGAGAAUAAAUCCAGAGUAAUCAACUUAAUGGAGAUGGGAUGUUAAAACCUAAACUGGAAUCUGGUCUGUCUCAUUGAGCCUUGUUUCAUGAUUUAAAAAAAAAAAAGUGGUUGUACAUUUCAUCUAAGGAAGAUAAAUCAAUACAUGUUGAGAGUGUUGGACCUGUAAAACCAAAAUUCUUACACCAAGAUCUCGUUGGCGUCUGAGCCAGCCCACGCUUCCCGACUUCAGAUACUUUGACCUCAUGCUGUUACUCAGAUAAAAGUCUUUGGUUCUGUUUGAAUUAGAUAGAAAAAUACAGUGCGUUAUUUGGGGAAUUUGUCCAUAUAUAUAAUAUAUAUAUAUAUAUAUAUAUAUAU